GAUCACGACGUUGGUGUGUGCGCGCGUGGCAGACAGUAUCUCCUGGUCCCGGGAUGUUAAUAUGUACUUCAAUAAACUAGACAGAAAGAUCACGACAACUACAGUAUGUAAUAUAAAGACUGGUGAAGACCUGGGAUAUUGUUAGCAUGUUACAAGUGGAAACUGUGAUCUAGAGAAAACGGCUUUGACGCCAGGCAUAGGAUCGGAGCUCCUCAGCAUGGCGUGGUUAGUGGUGCCCGAUGGCUGCUCCACCAGGGACCUCUAAGCGCCAUCCUAGAUCCAUAGGACCUUUGGAGGCCGGGAUGAAGAAGCUAGCACUAGGGAAACGACUGCUGGCGGUCGUUGUGGGCCUGUGUGUCGUGGCCAGAGCAGGCAGCAAACCGGUGUACAGUCCCACGUCUAGCUGGGCCAGUGGGCAGCAGGGUCUGGCGCCUGAGAGUGGAGAACAGUAUCAGCGGGGCGGCCUCCGUACCUUGUCCCGCCCAAUACACUUUCUGUCUCGCCCUGAUGACCGCUAUACUCAGCGUCACCAGUACACCUACAGCGGCUACCCGCAACACAGCAUGGAGGUCAAGGCUUCCCCUCAGCUGGACUACGGGUUAGAUCAAUCCUACCAGAGCGAGGUUAAUAUUUACGAGUACUCGUACACGGAGAGCAGCACCUACGGCAGCCCUAGUAAGAAGUAUAACCGGGGAGGUGGCCGGCGGGUGGUUUCUUCUGGGGUGGUAGAUCUCCCUAGGCGUGUUUGGUGGCCAGGCGUUCCCAUGCCAGUCCUCUCCGCCCGCGGGGACACGUACAUCCCCAGGGUCAUCACGCCACAGGGGCAGCAGGGACGACCCGUCACCUCCCAGCACUAUCGGGAACGACCCAUCGAGAAAAAAGACGGAGAGGAUCCAGAGACGUUUCUAUACGGCUCCAGUGGAAGCGAGGACCACAAGCCUCCCGCCAGUGCCAACCUCGUGGUGCAGAACGACUCGCUCAGCGGGAUGGUGAGGGUGCAAAAGUCACUCCAGCCGUCGCGCGACACGGCUGGCUACGUCCAAGACUUCCCCGCCGUGCCCAUAGCUCUCCUCAGCACAACACCCUCCGCGCCCGGCAACCUACACCCCAGACAGCCUGGGAGAUUCGACUCCCUUCUGAAGAUGAUGAACCAAGUGGACGAAAGUUCGCAGGAUAAAUCAAUAAAUAACCCCGACGCCGUUGACCCCGGAGCUCCUACAGCUAAACAGGAGCCUAACAAAGAAGUGCCAGUGGAUGUGAACAACAACAGCAACAAGAGGAGGGGUAACAACAACAGCAGCAGUAAGGACGGGCCACAGCAGGUACUCCCGAGAGUGGGGGAGGGGAAGGGACCAGACCACCCCCACGUUACCACCACCGCUGUGUUGGGCUCAGUCAUGCUGCUCAUCAUCCUGGUUGUGGUGAUGGUGGCUCUCCGCGUACAGUGGCGAGACAGAGUGAAGGGUGAGACAGACUGGCCCGUCAGGUCACCUACUGUUCACCCGCCUACCCCUGCCCCCACCAGUACUGCCCCCUCGCUAACCCCCCACCACCUCCAUCCCCUCACACACCUCCAAGCCGAGCCCAUCAGGAUCAAGGCGAAGGGUCUGCUGGAGCGGAGGGGUUCCAACACAAGCCUCACCCUAGAGUUGGCGCCUAACUGUCCGCCUCCUGAAGUUACGUCGCCACCCAGACACUGCACCCCGGAAGAGUUCUUGAUGACGGCGGGGAAUAGAAUGAGUCGUCGACAGCUGCGACAGUGUCUCAAGGAGGUGAGGACCCUCCACACUGAGUUCUGGGAGGUUCCCCUCAACCACCCCGACAAGUGUGACGUGCCCGGGUCAGCGUGCAAGAACAGAUAUCGAACAGUGCUACCUAACGAGGGCAGCCGCGUCCACCUGCACACAGGUGACCCCACGAGCGAGUACAUCAACGCUAACUUCGUCAGGGGAUAUGACGGAGAGGAACGAGCGUACAUCGUGACUCAGGGUCCACUGGCUCACACCGUGGUGGACCUGUGGCAGCUGGUGAUGCAAGAGCGAGCCCCCGCCCUGGUCAUGAUCACCAGACUGAAGGAGAAGCAGAGGGUGAAGUGCGAGCCCUACGUACCCGUUCACACGGCCACGUACGGUGACAUCACUGUCACAGUGAAGCAAGUGAUACAAAAGAGUGGCUACACCAUCAGGAGAUUACUUCUACAGCGUGGGGAGGAAGGACACGAGACUCUACACUUCUGGUACACCGCUUGGCCAGACCACAAGGCCCCCGCUGAGGCUGACCAGCUGCUGGCCAUGGCGCUCCAGGUAGAAAACGUCAGAAAGGCAGGGGAUGGGGUGGCCCAGGGUCCCGUGGUGGUCCACUGCUCAGCGGGUAUUGGUCGCAGCGGCUGUUUUGUCGCCAUCAGCAUCGCCAUCAACCAACUACAGGAGGAGGACUGUGUCGACAUCCUCGGCAUCGUCUGUCAGAUGAGGCUGGACAGAGGCGGAAUGGUCCAGACGGGGGAACAGUAUGAGUUCAUCCACCGCGCUGUGGCCCUCUACGCUGCCACCCUCCCAGCCCUCAACAACCUCAAGUGACCCUCUGUCUACGCGCCUGCUGCGGGAGAAUGAUCCAUUGCGACGAUGGAUCCAAGGUGGACCACUGAUCCAUGCUCAGCACACCUGCCACGAAGGUGUCAAACUUUCUCAUUGAUUCCAGCUGAGGAUUCUCAAUAUAGACCACUGAUCCAGGCUCACUACACCCGUCACAAGGAUGCCAUUUGACUCUUGUUUUGGGGAAACGAUCGACGCUGAUGGAUCCAAGGGCACUGACCCAUGCUCAUCGCCACUGCCACAAAGAUGCCACUUGAAUCAGGAGAAAUUUUGGGGGUGAAGCAAAAACCCGCAAUGAGAGGCCCGCCCUCUUCAAUGAUCCACGCCCACUGGAGGCCCUUAUCAUACUGAGGGACCCGCCCUCGUCACUGAUCCACGACCACUGGCUCCCAGCAGUGUGGGGCAGAUACCAAUUCGUCUUUCUUACAGAAGAACUUAACCUUCACUAUCUUAUCCCAACACGUCUUCACAAGGUAGUAAGAGUAUGUGAUCCAACCCUACAAUAACUCAGCCUCACAAGGUUAAGGUGAACGAACCAUAACAGUACAGUGGUUAGUGGCAUAUAACAAGUGAAGGAAGUAAUGCUGAUGUGUCAGGUGGCAAUAGUCAUGUGCAAAGGGAAAUGCAGUGUGUUAAGUGGGUAUACAGCUGCCAAGUGGAAAUGCAGUGUGUUAAGUGGGUAUACAGCUGCCAAGUGGAAAUGCAGUGUGUUAAGUGGGUAUACAGUACAGCUGUCAAGUGGAAAUGCAGUGUGUUAAGUGGAAAUGCAGAUGUGUUAAGAGUAAACAUUAACGUGUCCAGUACAAUCCUACCCCUGGUAAGGUCCACCAAGUAUCUCCUUAAAUGAUAAAAGAAAAGACCUAAAUUGUCCCUGUGGCACCUGGCGAAUCCUCUGGCUGUCUCCAGUGAAAAUAAAUGACGAAUGACAAAGCAAACAAAAUAAACAAAUACAAUAUAGUGUUAAGACAUAAGUAAUUAAGAGAUUAUUCAUAU